AUGAAGUGAAAAAUAAUCCGCAAGGGCGCGUCGUAUUUCGGUUUCUAUGGAAACGGUACGAUUCGAAUAGAAAACAAAAUGGAGAAGAGAGAUUCGUUAAUGUAUGGAUGUCAAUCUAUUAGUAGUAUAGAGAGCUCUCAACUUUCUUCGUUCGGUAGCAGUAUAAAAUUAGGAGCCGUCAAGCGUAAAGCGUACAAAUCUUCGAAGAAAGAAGACAGUCAGAUCAGCAGUGAAAUACUGUUUCCUUCUGUUAUUGACGAUGACGGAAAUGACGUCACACCACGUCCACUCUUCCGCUUUGCACAGAAACAUAAAAAACGUUCGUCCAAUGCCAGGCUUUUAAACAGAAGUUUAGGAAGCAGCAUUACGGGGAUCGAUUCUAUAAAACCCGAUUCAUUAAAAGAUGAUCUUAGUAUUCUUCACGAAGUGAUAGAUUUAGAGGUUGAGAGAGAAGAAAGUGACAUCAUCUCUAGCAGAAUAAGAGAGAUUUCAAAUCCCAUUCCAUCAGUUUUAGAAGUCCCUGGUUACAUUACAUUGAGGGAAACGGAUACAAUUUGCAUUUUAGAUGUUACAGAUGAAGUAGUAAUGGAGAGUAACGAGGAAUUUGAAGCCGUACAGAAAAGUAAUUCAGGAUACGAUGGAAAAUUGAAACUUUACUCAACAGUGGGAGGUUUGGUUAAUGCAGAAUCACAAACAUUUCUUCUUACUACUAAAACCAAAGCUCAAGGAACAGACAUUAAACAUUUUAAAAAUGCUGAAACUCAGGCUUCCGAAGCUAUAAUUUAUGAUGAGACCGUUGGAACAAGAGAAGAAGAUAGAGUCCUUGAAACAAUCACUUUGAAGAGUGAUAUAGAUAACGGUUUAUUUAAAGAAGUAACAAUUUCUAAAGAGAACUUUAUGAAGAGUUUGUAUUUUAUGGAAAGAGCUGUAAAUUCUGUUACUUUUCGAGAUAAUAUUGAUUGUUUUAAACAAAUUACUGAUACACAGUUAGUUUCCAGUUUGAUAAACGCAGAACAAAGUGAGGGUAAAAUAGAUGGAAAUAAAAAUGGGACUGGAAUCAAUUUAGAAAAGUUGCUAGUUAUGACAUUUCAACAUGCUGAAGAUUACAUUGUUACUUCUUUAUGUUGGAAUGAAAAAAAUACAGAUGUAUUAGCAAUUGGUUAUUCUCAUAACAAGCAUCCUAUUGCAAAUAAAGGAUAUGUUUGUUGUUGGUGUAUAAAAAAUUGUGAAGUACCAGAAAGAAUAUAUGAAGCUCCAUAUGGUGUAAAAUGUGUAAAAUUUUGUAAUAUGACCCCAUAUCUAUUAGCAGCAGGAAUGUAUGAAGGUGCCAUUGCAAUUUAUGAUGUACGCUCCACAAAACCUGAUGCAAUUCUCAAUAAUUUGGAAUCUAGUUUUCGGCCAAUUGGAAUUAUAUGGGAUUUACAUUGGAAUUGCAAUGAGAAAGAAGAAAAGAAGUAUUCUGUUAUCUCCAUUUCAGAUGAUGGAAAUAUUUUACAGUGGACAACAGAUAAUAAAUUAGAAUGUGUCCCUCUAAUGCAUUUGACAAAAAUCUCUAAUAACUUGGACAAAAAAGAGAAGUCAUGUUUUAUAACUCAGAAUGAAAGUGGUUAUUCAAUAAAUUUUAAUAAACAGAACUCAGAUAUAUAUAUUACAUGUUCAGAUCAGGGCAAUAUCUAUAAAUGUUCAUUAUUAUAUACUGAUCAUUAUCUUUCUUCAUAUAGUUUUCAUCAUGGACCUGUAUACCACGUGGAAUGGUCGCCAUUUCUCUCUGAUACAUUUCUCAGUUGUGGAAAUGAUUCAACAGUAGCAAUAUGGUCAGAGAAUAAUACCAAACCUACAAAAGUUAUCAAAAUUGGAAAAGAAUUUAAAGCGGUUAUUGAUGCUUCUUGGUCUCGUACUUCACCUAACACAUUUGCAACCUGUACUGAAGAUAGUAUUGAAAUAUGGGAUCUAUCUAUAAACUUAAAAGAUCCCAUUACAUCUGUAAAACCUUCUUAUGGAUUUCAAUAUGCUUGUAUUCAUUAUUGUCCUAAAGGUGAUAUUUUAGCAGCCGGUUUUAGCAAUGUUGUUACUCUCUACACAACUAAACCCAUUGAAAUUCAAACCAGUCAAAAAAUAAUUAGUGGGUCUGAUAUAAAUAUAUAAGUUGUUAAUUUAUUUUAUAUAUUUUUGAAAAUGAAUUGAUAUAUUUCAUAUUUAUAUAA